AUGGCUGAACAUCGUCCAGCUCCCCGCUUGUUUGUCGUCAGACACGGCCAGACUGAGUGGUCUCAGAACGGGCAAACAGGACGAUCCGAUAUCCCUCUCACUGACGUCGGAGUUGAGCAAGUUAAGAAAAUGGCACCCCUGUUAGUGGGUGAAGGACGUCUUCUCGAUCCAAAGAAUAUUUGCACGGCCCAAGUAUCCCCUCGUCAAAGAGCUGCCACAACGUUUCAUCUUCUCUUUGAUCAUACCGUUGAACCCGAUUACGUCCUCACCGAAGAAGUCAGAGAGUGGGAUUACGGCGAGUAUGAAGGAUUAAAACCCGCUGAAAUCCAAAAAAUCAACCCUGGGUGGAAGAUUUGGAACGAUGGUUGUCCUGGAGGAGAGUCGGUAGAGGAUAUGCAAGCCCGAGUCGAUGGUGUUAUUAAAAAAGUGCGCCAGUAUCACAAGGAAUAUAAGGAAGAAGGUAAACACACGCGAGAUGUUCUUAUUGUCGCACAUGGGCAUUUCAGCCGCGUCCUCAUAUCUCGGUGGAUUAAUUUUCCACUAUGCCUCGGAACUCAUUUCAAUGUUGAACCUGGAUCUGUAUCCAUCUUAAGCUAUAAUCAUAACUCCCUCGAUGAGCCGGCGCUCAAUGGACUCAAUCUUGUGGCAUCCGGUGCCUAA